ACAAACGAGUAGUAGCCUCAAGCAGCUGAAACACACGAAGUGCAGAGCCCAAAAACCGAAGGCGGGCUCACUCGGUUGCCAAGGCAACUUCGUCGGGCUCACAACAAAAGGAUAAGCCAAGCCAAAGUCCUCGGGACAGGACGACCUGCCAGGCAGCAAACUAGUCAGCAAGUCAAGCCGGAGCUCAGUUGCAGCAGCACAACGCAUUUGCCCAGACGCACAACUCGCGAUUCGCGGCCAAAAUCAAGAGCUACGGAAAUAGACUUGCCUUGGCCAUCGAUCGUUGUAACAACUACACAUGGGAAAAACAACAUUAUUAUCGGGUUUUUGAAAGGAUUAAAAUAGAGAAAAAAUUAGUAUAUUAAAGUUUUAUAAAAGUUUUUAAUUAGAAAAAGGAUAGACCGAAAAUAAACAAGUGCAGUGCGAGCCAAAAUUAGCAAAUAUAAAAAGUGUUUUAAUAUACAAAAAAGUCAAUUAGUUAUUUUUAAAUGGAAAAGAUCACAAUAUCAAUUAUGAUAUCGAUAUCAUAAAGUAAAAGAAACGCCUUAAACUGAACUUAAUUUGUGGACCCGCCUAUCAAUUUAAAAUAAUUUUAAAAGGGAAUUCAUCAAAAUUCUUACUAACAAGCAUUAAUACUGUGUUUCCUGCAGAUGCAAAAAUAUAUUUUAUGGCAUAUUAAAUAUUUAAGUUAAAUAAAUCAAAGCAGACUUCAAAAAAAUAUUGAAAAUAAUUUUCGGAAAGUGUUGCUGUCAGUAUUAGUAAAUGGUAAACGGUGUUGCUGUCGUGCUAAAGUUUCUGCUGCCGUUGCCUUCGGGUCGUCGUUCGCGAGGGCUAACUCCUGGCAGUCGCUGUUCGUCCUUGCUGCGGUCUAGAGCCUCAGUUUUCGCUUCUAGCCAGGCUAAAUGCGCCGUGCUCGUGGUUGAAGUUCGCAGUGAAAUGUCUCUAAAGCGUUAUGCAACUCUGCUGGCCUUCGGUCAACAUCAGAGCCAGAGCCAGAAUCAAAAUCACACCAUCUCGGCCACGACAACAUCGGUGGCUCCCACAACGGACGGGAUUUCAUCAUCCCAGCCAUCAUCAUCGCCGUUCGGAAGCUUCAGCAGCGAGGAGCUGAUGUCCCAGUCCCAGGAGCACAUCUCGUCGUCAUCCUCGAUAGCCACACACACCACGUACUAUACCGGCGGUUUGGGGCAAUAUCACCAGCAGCGCGGUGGCUCGGGAUCUGUCAUUUCUGGGGUCGGCGGCGGCGGAGGACCUGGUGGACCCCAGACGUAUGCAAACGUUGUCAACGGCAAUGUGAAUCUGCUGCUCGGCGGGGCGAUGCUUUCCCUGGUGACAACCAUAUUGUGUGUGGUCUGCUAUUGUUGCCAUCGGAAUAUCAAAAAGCGAACAGAGGCCGCCUACAGACAGCAGCAGCAUCAGUGGCUCGAAGGAGAUCCCAACAUGGAAAUAUACAGCGUGGAGCAGUGCUACGAGACAUCUGGUUUGUUUUUGGGCGAUUCCACCGAUGGCCUUUCUGCCGUUCCUGCUCUCCACCACGAGCCACCUCCUUCGUAUGAUGCGGUGGUGCUCCACGAACAGCAACUCCACCAGCAACAAUUGGAGCAACAGCAGCAGCAACAGUUGCAGCUGCAACUGCAGCAGCAGCAGCAACUCCUGAUGCAACGUGUCUCGCCGCCGCCAGGAUAUCGAUCCUCGUUGGAUCUCAGUGGGCAGCAGGGGACGAGCUUCGGUCGCGGAACACCCGAUGGCAGUGUGGAUGCCGUGGCCAGUGGCAGUGCAUCCGGGCCAAAUGGCAGAGUGCUGGUUAACAAGCAGUUGCAACUGGCUCUAAACGCCCAAUCCUGCUGCUCAUUGCAGCGGGCCGAGGUGGAGAGCAUGUGGAAUGCCGCGGCGGCGGCGGUUGCUGCCCGGAGCGGAAAUUGCCUGGAAAUGGAGACGCUGCAGGUGCGCAAGCCGCCAGCCCAGAAUAUCAGAUUGAACACCUUCGGUCGGCGGUAUCUGCAGCAGAGCCAUCAGCACGGCGGCAAUCACUAUCGACGGGGCUGUCCGCUCUGCGGCAAAUUCCGCUAUGAAGGCGAGGCGGAAGAUGAGCCGCUGACCGCUCUGUCCGUUGAGAGCGGUCUUAAUAUGGGCGGACAACGGGAGGAGGAGGAGGAGCCGACCUUGUGCCCCUGUCCCAGCGACUUGGAUAAUGGUAACCACGUUUCUGUCGACGCUCUGCAGGAUGAGGCCAACGGGAAUGUUGAGGCCACUGCUAUAAAUGAACCACCCAUACCCACAACCGCUGUCAACGAUGAAAAUGACAACGCAGCAACACCAGACACCCCAGCAACCUUAAACACACCAGCAACAUCCCACACACCAGCAACAACCAGCAAUAGCAGAGAGCUGGCCGAGGAACAGGAGCAGGCCACUGGUCAACAGGACGAACAGGAUUUGAACAAUAUUAACGAGAAUGGAAUCAUCAGCCUGGACAUGAGCAAAAUCAUUGACAGAUCGGGUUUGCCCACAUACGAGGGAGCCAUUAAACUGGAGUCCAGUGGCUAUGUGUGAGCCUAACCCAAUGAAGAAUUUACAUUAGUUAUAAAGCUGUAAACCAAAACAGAAACCACAAGUGUGCUUUAACUAUGAUUAAGAUGCGUUGCGAUUAGAGGAAAGUGUUUUAAAAGAGAUUUAUUUUCUAUUCUUAAACCGGUUGGGUUUUGAGAACUCAACGUUUUUAAGUGUCUCUCAACCAAUUAUAAUGAUUGCUGCGAUCUUACUUGCGAAUAACACAUUUUAAUUGGACGGAAAUAAUAUUAAUUUCGACGAGAACUGUGAGUUAAUGAGGCACAUAUAAGCUGGCUUUCCUCUUGGUAAGAAGGAACGAUUGAAGCAAAAACGAAAACAAUAAUUUUAACGUUAAAUGUUUAGAGCUAAGCCCGUGCAUAUCCCUGUAAAUGUUCGUUUCGAAUACUCGUAUCAAUAAAAUCAAAAGUUGUAAUUGAAA